AUGAAAGAGAUAUUGAAACACCAGUCAGAAAAAAAUAGCAAAGACCACCAACCUUUCAGUGCCAGCAUGGAUAGAUUGAAAGUAACGGAUGAAUAUAUCAAAAAGCUAGAAAACGAGAAGAAAGAGUUGCAAGAGAAAUUAUCCCGACAGGAGAAGGUUAUUGGUAUAUUACAAGGUCAAUUGACAGCUAAUGGAAUCCCAAUACUUUCAGGGACCAUAUCUUCUAUAUUGAGCGGAGAGAUUAGUGAAGCGCCUUCAACUGCGUCUAAAGAAUCGAAUGAAGAAGAUAUACCACAGCGUUCUGUAAAACGGCAAUUGACUCCACAGAGAGGUCUUGCAAAUAAGACCUCAUCAAGCUCAUUGACGUCAAACCGAAGUCUUCAUAUUCCAAAAUCUCCAACAGGCCAUUUAUCACCCACUUCACCCACUGAUAAAGCAAGGGACUACGAAUCCAAUAGGUCUUCUGUAUAUUCAGAUAUUGAUGACGGACUAUCAUACAAGAAAAGUCUUGCACAGUUAGAAGACACCAAAUCAAGAAAUAAAGAUAAUGCAAAUGAAACAAAUGAGACGAACCAUAAUGACACUAUUAAUGAGAAUCCAAAUUCAAAACAGAUUGAAGAAGCUGAUCGUACGUUUGGACCGGGCGAUGAAAGUUCGAUUAACACAGUUUUGGAGAACACAAAGGUCAAACCUGCAACUGAUGGGGCUUUGGACAAUAAGCUGUCUAUCAAUGAUAGCUUAUCUACAAAGAAAGAAAUUUCUACAACCAAUUUACUCACAAAUAAUGAAAUGAAAGACAUUGGUCUGGUGACGCAACAUAAGAAUACUAGUACUAGCAGUUUCAACUCAAACUACAAAUCGAGAAUCAAAUUACCCCCAAGCUUACAGCCACCCCAAAAACCAGGUAAGGACUUAUCUAUUGACACUUCUAUCGCCUCAUCAGCUGGACAGAAACUGCUUAAUAGUUCUGAUAGAAAUGAUACUAUUGGACGGCAAAUUUCUAAUGAUCAAAUAUCUAUUCAAUCUCUGAUAACAACGCCAUCAAUUAUGGAUGCUCCCCCAAGUCAAAGUACCCCAAAACUUGGUAGUGAUACUGGAAGUUUUAGGAAACUUCCAUUGACCCCAGAAAUGGGUGGUUUCAGUGGAAGGUUUGCGCAACGAUCAAAUGAUCAACUUACCGGGGAAUCGCAAACUAAUUUUCAACAACCUUUGCCUGAUCAUGAAUCUACUCUAUUACGGACUCCUAUAACCAACGAGUUUUUGGCACAUGAUUCUGAAUCAUUGUCAAGAUUGUCUACUCAGACUCCUAAUUCUAGCUUCCAAGUUUUACAUACCCCUAAAGCAGAGGAAGAUGACAGUGCGCUAUUUAUUAAACCUGAUGAGUUUCAAACGAUAAGUCUUACGGUGGUUAGUACCAUAAAUACAAGCAAUACUUCAUCAUCGAAGAAAGAUGAUCCGGCAUGUACUAUAUCAGUUAACGACAGAGAAUCAAAGAAGGAAAUGUGGCGAAUUCGUAAGACUUAUUCUCAGUUGGUAGCUUUUGAUAAUGAAAUUAGACCAAUAGUUGAUUACUUUGGUUUACCACCAAUACCUGAUAAGUCUUUAUUCUUGUCUACUUCCCCAAAUAAAGUUGAUGCUCGUAAAAAUACUUUGCAAAAUUAUUUCAAUACAAUAUUUUUAAUGCCCCAUAUUCCUCACAUUAUCUUGUAUAGGAUUUGCAAAUAUCUUUCAUUAGAUUUCAUUAAUCCCUUAGAUGAUUUUAGAAGUGGCGCAAGAAAAGAAGGCUAUUUGAUUCGUCGUUAUAAGGGAUUGGGUUCAUCUUGGAAAAUUAGAUGGUGUCAAGUCGAUGGUCCAUUUUUGGAAAUAUAUGAAAUACCUGGGGGAGUAUGUUUAGAACAAAUCAAGUUGAGAGGUUCUCAGAUCGGGAAACAGACAAACGAUUCAGUAGCGGAGGAAAGAGGCUAUAGACACGCUUUUUUAAUAAUGGAGCCUCAGAAGAAAAUAUCGUCAUCAUCGAAGUAUUUCUUUUGCGCAGAAAGUGAUGAAGAAAGAGAUGACUGGGUUGAAGCAUUAGUUGAAUUUAAUGAAAUUGGAGAUACUUCUAUGACUUCUUACGGCUCAAAUGAUAAUGAUAAUUCCUUUUCGACAGAUCUCGAUGGGCGGGCGAAGGAAAAUCAGGAAGAUGAAAUAGUCAAACAAUAUUCCUCACAGACUUCUAAUUCACAGACGGACUUUGUAGGUGGUUAUCAAUAUCAACAUAGCACUUCAAGCAUUGACCUUCCAAAUAAUAAUAACUCCGAAAAGGCAACCCAGAAAGAGUUGAAGGAGGCUAAAAGAUUAAAGAAAAGAAGUAUAUUUCCUUUCCGUAACAAGCUAAAUUCUCUGAUAUUUGAUACGAACGCUCCAGAGUCGGAUCUGUCUCAGACAGUAAUCGGAUCACAGCCACAACAAGAACAACAAGAAUCAAACAUACAGCUGUAUUUAGACCUGAUGAAUUUGGAUGAUGAUCUAACUAAAGCAAUAUUUGGACGAGAACUUUCAGUUGCAUACGAAUUAUCUAAUCAUAAGCUCUUUGAUAGAAGCAUUCCUAGCAUUUGUUAUAGAUGCUUAGAUUUCUUAUUAAAAGCAGGUGCUAUAUAUGAAGAAGGUAUAUUUAGAUUAAGUGGGUCUGCGUCUAGCAUUAGGCAAUUGAAGGAUCAAUUUAAUACUAAUUUCGACAUAGACUUAUAUGAAUCUCCAUUACAGCCUGACAUGCAUACAGUAUCUGGAUUAUUGAAGACUUACUUGAGAGAAUUGCCAACUCCAAUUUUAGGAGGCCAGCAAUAUAAUGACUUGAAACACAUAACUGAUACUAGAGGUGAAGCAAGUUCAAGAUCGGAAUUAGCGUUGAUAUUCCGUGAUUAUUUAAGUGAUUCGACAAAUAUUGAUGAUAUCCAUUACAAUGUGUGCUACGUAAUCUUCAAAUUCUUGAAUCAAAUUAUAGCAAAUAAAGGGACGAAUAGAAUGAAUUUAAGAAAUGUGUGUAUUGUUUUCGUGCCUACAUUAAACAUAUCUGUGGAGGUUUUGACAACUCUUUUAGUUGAUUUUGAUUGUAUAUUUGAAGGAGGAUCACCUAUUGCUAAUGAAAAGAGAGAAGUUCUAGACUUAUAUAUCCCUAACUUUUAA